AAUGAGAAGAUAGUUAAACAAAAUUGUAACAAUGUAAAAUAUGUCUGCAUAGGCAAAGUUAUAAUUGCUGACAACAUACUGAACCACUAAAAAUGAUGCUUAGAACUACAUUACAGUGGGUUUUGAUGCCCAUAGUGCAGAAACAACAAAUAAAUGAUAUUUGCACUGUAGGUACAUUGAGUGCAGGUAAUCUGGACAACAUCAUUAACUUAAUUGGAGGAACUUUGGAUAAAGAUAAAGUUUGUCUCAUGAUAAAAUAUCUCAACCUUACGCUUUAAGGCCACAGGGCGUGAUGCCAAAGUGAUCACUGAUUGCUGACAUGGAAGAUUAAUGUAGUAGUAAAACUGGUUAAAUCUAUUACAACAGGAAAUAAUUCAUGCAAUGCCAUGAAUCAGAAACAAGUUAUCUUUCAAUCACAGUAAAAUAACCACGGAAAGCUUAACUAGAAGUGGCAUUGAUCUUAUUCAAGACAGAUAUACACAGUAAAACGUUGGACUCUUAUUAGACUUGAUGACAGAAGGAGGAACUGAGUUGUAAUCAGCCGUUGGCACAGAGACACACAGGUACAAAGGUCAAGACAAUACCAUUCAUUUACUGGUGGGACUUUGGUCCAUCUUCACAGAAGGUGAAGAGGAGAAGAUUUGUUCGGAUCCAAAGCGUUGAGCAGAAAGCAGUCAACAUGUUCAGGUUUUCUCUGAUAAUCUGUGUUUAUCUGAUAUUUGGCAUCACGGCAAAGCCAUACAAACCCUGGAACAAACUCACAGAUGAAGCAUUCCGGGAUACGGUUGUGUCCUUAGAUAACAAAGUAAAGAUGUCGUGGGGAGUGGAAGUGGAGCCUCCCGAGGACAUGGAUGAGACUCACUAUGACAUCGACCCUCGCAUGAUGAUUUGGAAGAGUAUGACAGCCAGCGGAGAGGACAAAAAGCACCGGAAGGCCGAAGAAGACUUGGAUGAGCUGUACCAUCCUUCACUGGACAAUCUCCUCAAUGACCGAAUCCAAAACCUGGAUGCCCUCCCUACUGACGACAUCCGGGCAGCACCCUGGCAGGAAGAUUCCCACAUCAAGAACCAUCAGAAAAAUGAGGAGGAUAAAGAUGACAUCGACCCCGGUUUCAGUCAGCUGGCCUCCGAUGAGCCCGAGCAGGACUGGGAUGAAGUCUACCACAAAGCGAGGGAGGAGCUGGACGUAUAUCUGUCUCCACUAGUGGCUGGAUACAAAGCUGGUGCAGAGGUCCGCGUAGCACACUCUGAACCAGAGAAGGAUGAGGACGCGCUGUAUCACCGUGACGACCAGGGUUCACCUGUGCAGAUGGAGCUGCUGAGUCGUGAGGUCAUGGAUUAAAGUGAGAUCAGAAUUCACCUUCAACCAGAGGAGGACAUGGAUGACGUGGACCACAAAGACCCCCUGAUGCUCACCCCUAACCAAGAUGAUACUGAAGUUGUCGUUUUUGUACCAUCUCAGAGGAAGCACAGCCAACCAGAGGACGAUCUGGACGAUCUCUACUACCAGUGAUCCUUCAACAACUCUUCCAGUGUAGAUCCCUACCAUUUCAGAGACACAUAGCUGAUACACGGGGAAGUUAAUUAAUAAAUGAGUGUCAUUUCAUAUCAUGAAACUGUCUUCAGAAGAAAUAAACAUCUAAAUCUGUUGAUAAAAGACUU